UGCAUUUCUGUUUUGGUAGACAUGGUCCUGGUAAUAAAACUGCUGCUCCUCACCUGCCUCUGGCCAACAGCUGCACUAACCAGUGUCAGUUCUCAAAGUGAUCAUCAUCAUCAUCGUUUUCAUCAUCAUCAUCAACAGAAAUGCUCAUCCAUGAAGAAACAUAACAGCAAACGAGAAAUUAAAAUGAGGAAAUUAGACAGCACCAAAGUACGUCCACUAAAGUCCGAGCAACUUCUCCGCAUAGAUGACCAUGACUUUGCAAUGAGACCUGGAUUUGGAGGGUCACCAAUACCAGUGGGCAUUGAUGUGCAGGUGGAAAGUAUUGACAGUAUUUCAGAAGUUGACAUGGACUUCACAAUGACCUUAUACCUCAGACAUUACUGGAAGGAUGAGAGGCUUUCCUUUCCUAGUACCAGAAACAGAAGCAUGACCUUUGAUGGAAGACUGAUCAAAAAGAUCUGGGUACCUGAUGUAUUUUUUGUCCAUUCCAAAAGAUCUUUCAUCCAUGAUACAACUAUGGAGAAUGUGAUGCUCCGAGUGUACCCUGAUGGCAACGUACUCUUCAGCCUAAGGAUUACAGUUUCUUCCAUGUGUUUUAUGGAUUUCAGCCGAUUCCCUCUGGACACUCAGAACUGCUCUUUAGAACUGGAAAGUUAUGCUUAUAAUGAAGAUGAUCUGAUGCUGUACUGGAAACAUGGGAAUGAGUCGCUGACCACGGAUGAGCAGAUCUCCCUAUCCCAGUUUUUCAUUGAAGAGUUCAGUGCUUCUAGUGGACUAGCUUUCUACAGCAGUACUGGUUGGUACAACCGCCUUUUUAUAAACUUCGCCCUAAGAAGGCAUAUUUUCUUUUUUGUGCUACAAUCCUAUUUCCCAGCUAUGCUGAUGGUGAUGCUGUCCUGGGUUUCAUUUUGGAUUGACAGACGAGCUGUUCCUGCCAGAGUAUCACUGGGUAUAACUACUGUGCUGACCAUGUCAACCAUAAUUACAGGAGUAAGUGCCUCAAUGCCUCAGGUGUCUUACAUAAAAGCUGUGGAUGUAUACUUAUGGAUCAGUUUUCUUUUUGUCUUCCUGUCCGUCAUCGAAUACGCAGCUGUGAAUUAUCUCACCACCGCAGAAGAGAGAAAACAACUCAAAAAAAGAGGGAAGGUUUCAGGAAUGUAUAACAUUGAUGCAGUACAAGCAAUGGCCUUUGAUGGCUGCUAUCAUGACAAUGAGGCUGACAUUGAUAUGACCACCUUUGCGGUCCACUCUGAAGAGAGCUCAGCCCGGGGACGGGCGGCCAGCAUCCCAAACCUGGAUGCAACCCGCAUAAAAAGGAAGAGAUCCUUGAAAGGAAAUGUGGGCAGGAUUAUUUUGCAGAACAAUCACGUCAUUGACACAUAUUCCAGGAUUAUAUUUCCCACUGUGUAUAUUGUAUUCAACUUUUUUUACUGGGGUUUGUAUGUAUGAAAGGAAAACACUAUAAUCUAUGCACUAUUUUGCAUGUAAGGAUAGCAGAAUUAUGUUUUUAAAAAAAUCAACAGAAAUAGAAGAAAUGUUUAAAAGUUUCUGAAAUUGAUUCAGACAUCGGUCAAGAGGAUGUUGAUUUGGUGACAGAAAAAUUAUGAAUUAAAACCCCAAAUAAUUCUGGCUUCUUCAUGCUUUGUAACUUCUGAAUGUAAGAAGAUUUUUAAUUGGCCCACUGAGUGCUUCACUGUGGUAGCCUUACCCAGGCUACUUCCACAGUUACAUAGGAAUUUGCAUAUCAAGGGACCUUGCACCACACUGCUAAAUAGUUGUCAGCUCCAGUAAAAGGGGACUUAAAUGUAUUACCCAGUCUAGCAUGCUGUAACCAUUCCUCCCUACGCAGCCUCUCUGUUCAUUCCCCAUUUGUGACACAGGUAAGUAUGAUGCAGUCAACAUGAGAAUUCUUCUCCAAAUGUCUCCUCUCUCUCUUAGCUUCCUGCAUUCCUGUUGUGCUGGCCAGUUUGCUAUAUACCUCAGUAGCCUUUGCGCUUGGAUGGCAACUUGGCGGAAGGGGAUGAUGGAUGAGCAGUGAAUAGGGAACCAGCCACAGGCAGGAAGUGAGCUGGAUGGAGUUACAUCAUUAAGACCUCACACAACCUAAGGCUUUGUCUGACGUCCAUGCAGCCGCUCAUGUUUUGGAGUGACCUUAGAUCAUUAUUCCUUGAAAUGUUGACAAUAUUUUAGUAGCCUAGGGGCAGUCCCUUAGCUGGAUGAAUGGGCUGGUACAAGCAGCAGACCUGUCAACUAUACUUCAUUACAAGGUAUGUCACUCAUUUUGGACCCCAUCUAAUUCAGCCUCACACAAACCUGCAGUUAUCUUCCUGAUUCCAUAAAUCAUUCAGAUUGGAACUCUUAAGGCUGGGAUUUUAGAAAACUGUAUAACAGGAAAAGGAAAAAAAAUCCCCACUUGUUACAAGAUUCUGGCUCUUCUGUUUUUUUUUGUACACAUCGGUUUGGGUUUUUAUCUCACAUCUUGGUCUUGGAGAUUGAAAGUUAUGGUGAGGCAAAGCUGUGAAUGGCUGCCUGGUCCCAUGAUUCUGAUCUUAGAUCAAGGUAUUGAAGAUCACUGAGAGUGAGAACUACAACACAGAGGAAAUUAAAGGAAAAAGUUAUGCACAAGCAGAGCCCCAUUCUCUCAUCCUGUCAAUCCCCAGAAAGAAUCUUGCAUUGAUUUCCCUUUGGUUCAGGCAAUGGGGAGUCAAACCUAGGGCACCAUGGCAAAAAGCAGUUUAGCAACAGCAAAAAAGAAUCAAGUAAUUGUGGAAUUACUUGUGUGACUUGUCCAAAUUAGUAGCGCUCUCCCUAGGAAAUUUUUGUCUCUCAUUAAUAAAAUGAAUUCAAUGUGGAGAUGUGUGUUGGUAGAAAAUGUCAAAAGCUAAAUGCCUGCCACUGCUGGGUUAAAAUAAAGGAAAUGGAAAUAAAGUUGAAAACAUGAAUCACUUUCUGGCAUGUAUGAUUUCACUGCUGUGAUACUAUUUGUUCAUAGAAUGAUGAUGUCUGCUACU